UUCUCUCUCUCUCUCUCUCUCUAGCAAACUGAACCUUCUGUUCCGUUGCUUUUUUAAUUCUUUUAUAUAUAUAUAUAUAUAUAUAUAAAAUAACUUUUUAGCUUCGGUCUCUAAUCCUUUGCUCUUUUGGCGUUGGAGCUCCAUCAACUUUUUUUCUUGGGUGUAUUUUGUUUGUGAAGGAAAUAGUCUCUGCCGUCUGGUAAUUGACAAGUGGGUCUGUAUUUUACUAUUUUGUAGAUUCUCCAACAGUCAUACUUUGUUUGUUUGCCGAGAAAAGGUGGAUUCAACAACUACAGUGAUUGAUUUUCUUUCCAAACAAGUUCCCAACAACCGUACAGAGCUUUAAGAAAAUUCUGGGGCCUCCGAGGGCUAAACAAAGAGAUGGCUGUCAAAGGAAAUGUACUCCCAGAUUGCGUUAACGCAUCAAAUCCCUUCCAUGAAUGCACCGAAUCUUGUCGCAAAAAGAUUGCUCAAGGCCAAGCCUUCAAGAAUAAGAAGAAAUCAGGUUCCAUUCUCCUUAAUGUUUCCAGAAGUUUUGGUAGGAGAAAGAAGGAAGGUUCCGAGCCAAAGUCCCCACAAGCACAUGACAAUAUAACUUUUCAGAACACAGUUUACCCUUCUGAUUUUGCUUCUAAGAGAGAGGUGGAAUCAGAAAUCACUGAAGAUUUUCCUCAUCCUCGGGCUCAUGCUAAGGAAACUCGUACCCAGAAUCCUUCUCUCAACAAGAGCCUAGUCUCAUCCUCUCACUUGGUGCCUAAAUCUGGAAUUCUGAUAUCGCCUGAUAGUCCCAUUGAUUAUCCAGAGAAAAAUAGUACCCACAUUUAUGGGGAAAGACCAAACAAUCAGGAAGAGGAUGAAAAGCUCUAUGCUUCAUCUUAUGCUGUCCCUAAUCCAGUUGUUGAUGACAUGGAAGAACAUGGUAAUGGUUCAGCUGCUGAAUCCAUGAGCUUUAGUUUCUUUGAUAUUUCUGAUGCUUUAGAAGGCAACCAGGAGGGAGAUGUCCAGUCUGAAAUUUCUGAUUCCCGUGUGUCGGUUGGAAGAUAUCAUUUAAAAGAAAGCUUGGCUUCCAUUCUGCAGUCAAUCUUUAACAAGUAUGGAGACAUAGCUGCAAGCUGUCAAUUAGAAUCAAUGUCCUUGCGCUCUUAUUAUUUGGAGUGUUUGUGCUUUGUGGUUAAGGAAUUACAAUCCAGUUCAAUUAUUCACCUGACCAAAGCCAAACUGAAAGAACUCUUAGCUAUUCUCAAGGAUGUGGAGUCUUCUCAAAUUGAUAUCAGUUGGCUACGACACAGAAUCGAUGAGAUCACAGCAGACAUUGAACUCAUUAGUCAGCAUCGAUCCAUCGAGGCAGCAAAGGCCAACUUCGAUCGCGAUUUGGAACUGACGAGGAAAGAACUAGCAUCUCGAAUGGAAGAUCUGUCUCUUAAAGAAAAAGAGGUUGACAUUGCCAAGAAACAAGUAGCUAAAACCAGAGCUCGCUUGAGUAAGCUUGAGCUUAAAAUUUCCCAGUUGAAUGAGAACAUAUUGUCUAUCAGGACCAAGGUGGAAAAUUCUCACGGCAGAUCAUCCUUGUUAGAUGAACUCUUGUGAUGCAACCUUGAAGAAUUUAAAAGGUUUCAUUUUCUCAUGUUGUACGAGGGAAUUAGCAAUAGAACAGCUAAGGAUUGGUACAUAAUAUUCUGCAUGCUGUAUAUAUAAACUAGUUAGGGUUGGUUUGUUUGUUUUGUUUUUGCACGUACGUUAUGUUAGCAGCCGGCUUGUGCUUAGGACCAUGUGGUUUUAUAACCACAUUUUCUUU